AUCAUAUAUUCAGACACCAACUUUUGAGAGCAGCAACUGCGAUUUUGGAGUUCUUCCAAUCAAGUUUUAUUUCUUUCAUCAUUCUUUGCAAUUUAUUCUUUUUAUUUAUUUCUUUUGUUAUUUAAUUAUUAUGUUUUCUAGCUAAAUUCGUUUAUUCCGGCAUUGAUUAGGGAAGCACUAGCAAAAUUAUUCUGUGAGAUCUAAUUGUUCUUAUACUUUAUUUUUAUGCUUGCAUCUGCGAUUCUCCAUGUUUAAUGAUAUUAAUUGUUUUAAUCCAUUAGAUAGUUGCAAAUAUUUAUUGGGUUAGAAUUAAUUAUAUAGCCAAUUGAACCGGCCAUCCGUAAUUGUGGUUUAGGUUUGAUUAGUGGUAAAUUGACUCAUCAGGGUUAAGGGAAAAGCAGUCUUAAUUCAAUAAUCCUGCGUCAGAGUUUAUUGGUUUUGAAUCGGGUUUCUCUAAAUAUUAAUGCUGUCGGCUCAUUAAACCUAUAGAGCGUCUCUUACGGUUGUCAGUCGAUUAGGGUAGUAAUUAGAGCGUCUUCCUGAUUAUCGAAUAAUUAAGGAGAAAUAAGAUCACGUCAGAAGCGUCUUCGGUGGUUAUAACUGGUUUGUUUGCAUGAUUUAAAGUUAUUUUUGCAUCGAUGAUCGGAAUAAUUGAGCUAGGGUGGACUUAAUUGAUUGCUGGAAUUCUUUUAUUAAUUGUUGGAAUUUUUAUUCAUCUUUUAGUUAAUUGGAAAAAUUGGUUUAUUCGGAUUUUAUUUAUUUAAUUUUAAGUUUAGUAUUUUCUAUAUUUUCUUCUCAAAAUUUCGUGGUUACUUUGCAGACUUUAAUUGGAGAAAUUCUCGUCAGUCCCUUGGGAGACGAUUUUGCUUACUGCUGUCUGCGCAGUGUGGGCAUACCGGCUGACUGCCGGAUAUUUUUGGUGUAAAACGACGCACCAAAUUUUGGCGCCGUUGCCGGGGAUUGGUUUUAAGUAGGAUUUUACUGAUUUCAGUCUGUCUUUUAUUUUUAGUUAUUUUAUUUUUAGUUUAUGCCCCGUUCUUCUCGUACAGGCGUAUUAGUUUUUGAUCCAGAAAUCGAGAAGACCGCACGAAAGUUGAAGAAGCAAGCUAAGGAGUGGAAAAAGAGAUCCAAUUCUGCUCCACCGAGUCUUGAGGAUCAAGAAGAAAUUGAAGAUCCAAUGGGUAACCGUAAUAAUAGGGAUGAGGAGAACGAUAGAGAGAUCGUUGAUCCUCGACAGGAACCACCUCAACUGAUCAGAGAGUUAGGCCGUCAUAGAAGCAAUCGCCCUUUGUGCAUUGUCCUUCCUGCCAUUAAUGGCAACGCUGAAAUACGGCCUGGUUUCAUUCAAGUGCUACCCAAAUUCGGUGAUUUACCUGGAGAGAGUGCACACAAGCAUCUGACUGAAUUUGAUCUAGUUUGCUCAACUCUACGCCCUCAUGGUUUUACUGAAAAUAAUUUGAGGCUAUUGACUUUUUCUCAUACUUUGCAGGGUAGAGCGAGAGAUUGGCUUUUUGAUCUUCCUCCUGGUUCGAUUAGAACUUGGGGAGAUUUAGAAGAACAAUUCUUGCGAAAAUUCUUUCCUGAGUCCAGAGCUGCAAAUUUGAGAAUGGCCAUUAGCAGCAUUAAACAGAAGAAGGCGGAGAGUUUAGCCGAUUAUUGGGAGAGAUUCCAACAGCUGUGUCGCAAGUGUCCUGAUCAUGGAUUUUAUGACUACCAAUUGCUUACUAACUAUUUUUAUCGUGGUAUGUCUUCUUUUGAUAGGAAAAUUGUUGACGCUGCUUGUGGUGGAAGCUUGACCAAUAAAACUUUGGACGAAGCAAAGCAACUCAUCGUUGACAUGGUUUCAAAUGGCCAACAAUAUGAGGAUGAGGAUGAUGAUCGUUAUAGGCCAGUGCAGAAAGUAGAAGAUUCCAACAUGAACGAGAGAAUUGAUGCUCUCACCUCUUUAGUUAGAGGACUUGCUGAUAAUAAUACUGAGCAAGCGUGCAUGGGAUCCGCUGAUGAGCAAGAGAUGAACGCACAAAGGCAAAGGCGAAACGACCCUUUUUCCAACACCUACAAUCCAGGGUGGAGAAAUCACCCAAAUUUUAGGUGGAGACAGCAGGAACCAAGGAUGUACGCGCCGAAUCCGCCUCAGGCUGGACAGUAUGCCCAUACCGCACGUCCUGCACCGAGUUCUGCACCCAAUAUGAGCGAUAUCAUGAAGAGCCUCGCCCAGAGCAGUGAAAUUGUGAAGAAUUUGGUGCAAAGUCAGCAGGCAUUCCAGCAUGAAACUCAGGCAGCGUUGAGUAAUAUGGGCACACAAAUCACGCAGUUAGCCACUCAGGUGAACAAGCUGCAGGCGAAUCAAGGCCGACUUCCUUCUGUCACGGAGAUGAAUCCCAAGGAAAAUGCAAGUGCUGUAACUACAAGAAGUGGGAGAAUUCUAGUUGAGCCACAACCUAAGCAGCAGGACAAAGAAGAAAAGCUCGAUGAAGCCAAGGACAAUGCAAUUAGUGAGAAGUCACCAGAAUCCACCGAGCCUAGCUCUUCUAAGGUAAGUGGAAAACCUAAGGUUUCAAUUCCUCAAUCAUUGAUUGCACCACCUUUUCCUUCUAGGUUGGCUCAGAACAAGAGAAUUGAAGAAGAGAAGGAUAUUCUAGAAAUCUUCAAAAAGGUAGAAAUAAACUUGCCCUUGCUUGAUGCAAUUAAGCAAGUUCCCAGGUACGCAAAGUUUUUAAAAGAGUUAUGCUCUAAGAAAAUGAAGUUUGGGAAUGAUGCGAAAAUUCGAGUGAGUGAGAAUGUUUCUGCUGUUCUUCAAAGAAAAUUGCCCCAAAAGUGUCGAGAUCCUGGUAUGUUCACCAUUCCAUGCAUUAUAGGUAAUAAGACUGUUGAGAGAGCCAUGUUAGAUUUAGGAGCGUCCAUAAAUGUCAUGCCUUAUUCUGUGUAUAAGGAUUUGCAAUUAGGACCUUUGAAAGACACUCGUGUUAUCAUUCAGUUAGCUGAUAGGUCUACUGCAUAUCCCGAAGGUGUUGUUGAGGAUGUCCUUGUCAAGGUCAAUGAUUUGAUUUUUCCUGUGGAUUUUUAUAUUGUUGAUAUGGAUGAUUCUGCCUCUGCUAAGCAAUCUUUGAUUCUUUUAGGGAGACCAUUCAUGAAAACUGCUAAGGCAAAAAUUGAUGUGGAUAGUGGAAUGCUUAGCCUUGAAUUUGAUGGAGAUAUUGUCACAUUUAAUAUUUUUGAGGCUAUGAAGCAUGUUGAGGAUCCUGAAUCUGUGUUCAUGAUUGAUGUUAUUGACCCUUUGGUUGAGGAAUUUGUUAAGAAUUUCAGGGAGGAUGAGCUUGAGUAGGUUAUUUUCAGUUCCCUAACUGAAGAGAACAUCAAAACUGAGGAGAAUGAAGCCAUUAGAGAGAUUAUCAUGC